AUGCCCUCUCGCUGCAGGAAUGCGCUGAACAUUGUGGUCACCACCCUCUUUGCUGCGGUGGUCCUCUUCGCCAUCCUGCUGGCCUAUGUCACAGGCUACCAGUUCAUCCACACCGAGCAGCACCAUCUCUCUUUUGGCCUCUACGGUGCCUUCCUCUCCCUCCACCUCUUCCUCCAGAGCCUCUUUGCCUUCCUGGAACAUCGACACAUGAGGAGCCCCGCCAGGCCCCAGCACCUCUGCCGUUCUGUGGCCCUUUGCAUUGCUGCCUACCAGGAGGACCCAGACUACCUGAGGAAGUGCCUGCGCAGCAUCCGCCGCAUCUCCUUCCCCGGCCUGAGGGUGGUGCUGGUGGUGGACGGGAACCGUCCCGAAGAUCGCUACAUGAUGGACAUCUUCCAGGAGGUGAUGGGGGGCGCAGAUCAGGCCGGCAGCUUAGUAUGGAAGGGAAACUACCACAGCGAUGGGAGCGGGGGUGGAGGAGUAGGAGGGGGAGGCAGGAGCACAGUGCAUAUGGAGGAGGCUGCUCGUGUGACCCGGCUCGUGAGGAGCUGCCGCUUCUCCUGUAUAAUGCAGGAAUGGGGGGGCAAGAGGGAGGUGAUGUACACAGCCUUUAAAGCACUGGGGGACAGUGUGGAUUACGUGCAGGUGUGUGACUCGGACACAGUUCUGGACCCAGCGUGUACCAUAGAAAUGCUGAAAAUCCUCGAGGAUGAUCCAAUGGUUGGAGGUGUUGGUGGAGAUGUACAAAUCCUUAACAAGUACGACUCGUGGAUCUCCUUUCUGAGCAGUGUGCGGUACUGGAUGGCCUUCAAUGUAGAGCGGGCCUGCCAGUCAUACUUUGGAUGUGUUCAGUGUAUUAGUGGCCCUCUGGGGAUGUACAGGAACUCUCUCCUUCAACGCUUCCUGGAGCCCUGGUACCACCAGACGUUCCUGGGCUCCAAGUGCAGCUUCGGCGAUGACCGACACCUCACCAACCGCGUGCUAAGCUACGGCUACAAGACAAAGUUCACAGCACGGUCGCAGUGCCAGACAGAGACGCCAACACGCUACCUGCGCUGGCUCAACCAGCAAACACGCUGGAGCAAGUCCUACUUCCGUGAGUGGCUCUACAAUGCCCUGUGGUUCCACAAGCACAGCCUUUGGAUGACCUAUGAGUCCGUGGUCACCGGCUUCUUCCCUUUCUUCCUGGUUGCCACAGUGAUCCACCUGUUUUACCGUGGAAGGCUCUGGAACAUUCUGCUCUUCCUUUUGACGGUUCAGCUGGUGGGCAUGGUGAAGGCCACCUACGCAUGUUUCCUACGAGGCAGCCUGGUCAUGAUAUUCAUGUCCCUCUACUCUCUCCUCUACAUGUCCAGCCUGCUUCCUGCCAAGAUGUUUGCCUUGCUCACCAUUAACAAGGCUGGAUGGGGAACCUCCGGACGGAGGAAGAUUGUGGUCAACUUCAUCGGUGCAGUGCCAGUCACAGUUUGGGUAUCUGUGCUACUGGGAGGAGUGGCGUAUACAAUCUACUGUGAGACGCAGGAGCCAUUCAGCGAGACAGAGAAAGCGCUAUUGAUAGCUGGAACGAUACUCUAUGCCUGCUAUUGGGUAAUUUUGCUGGUGCUUUACCUGGCCAUUGUAGCCAAACGCUGCAACAAGCGAGAAGAGCAGUAUCAUCUUCCAUAUGCAGAGGCAUAA